GCACGAACUUCACGCAUGGAAAAAUUAAUUACUCCUCUGUGAGGACAUCAGCUUUUCCUACAGCAUUUCAUUCUGAAGCACUUUUCCAAAAAGAACCUGCAGAAAUGUCAGAGAGGAAACCCAAAAACUCAGACACACGUCCCAAGAAUCUGCGGAGCUGGAGCGCUGAUAGUUACAUCCGCAGUAUUAAAAAACGCUCCCAUGGGUCACGCCAUGAGACAGCGCCCAGAGGGGAAGAGGGGGAAGGAAUUGAUGACCAGACUGUACGCUCUGCUUCUUGUCCCCGGAGACGUCGAGAGCGAAAGUGCAGCUGCACAGUCCCUGGAGAACCAGAUUUGGAUUCUCCUUGCAGGAAAGCCCUGUCCCGUCGGUCUCUGAGGCAGAAGUUUCAGGACGCCGUCGGCCAGUGUCUCCCUCUUCGCAAUCACCACCACCAUCACCACCAGUCCGGUUCCUCACGUCCAUUCUCCAUCCUUUUUUGGUCCAAACGGAAGAUUCAUGUGUCUGAGCUCAUGGAGGACAAGUGUCCUUUCUCUCCGAAAUCUGAACUGGCUCAGUGUUGGCAUCUGAUCAAGAAACAUGGCACUCAUACCAAACCUUCUUUAAGCAUCGAAACCGAACCCAAAUGUCCCUUGUUAUCCUCCUCUCCUCCAACGCUCAUUUCAUGGGAGGAGAUCAGCUCUAGUGGGGCUUCUAGUCUGGAUGACUGGGAUCCGUCUUUUGCACAUGGAGACGCCCAGUGCUGCGCCCACACUGACUACAUCCUGGUUCCUGAUCUGCUUCAGAUCAACAACAGCCCUUGUUAUUGGGGUGUCCUGGAUCGUUUCGAAGCUGAGCAACUAUUGGAAGGGCAACCAGAGGGGACCUUUCUGCUCCGAGACUCUGCCCAGGAUGAAUACCUCUUCUCGGUUAGCUUCAGACGCUAUAGCCGCUCCCUCCAUGCUCGAAUAGAGCAAAACGGGAAGCGCUUUAGCUUUGAUGGCCGUGACCCUUGUAUGUACAGAGAUCCCAGUGUCACGGGCCUGUUGAGGCACUACAGUGACCCGGCCACAUGCUUGUUUUUUGAGCCUCUUCUCUCUCGCCCACUAUCUAGGAACUUUCCUUUCUCUCUGCAGCACAUGUGCAGAGCGGUCAUCUGUAGCUGUACAACAUAUCAGGGAAUUGACACCUUGCCUUUACCCUACAGUUUGAGACUCUUCCUUAGGCAAUACCACUAUAGAUGCAAUGGAGCUUGUGCUGUUUAAAAACAGAAAUGAGAGAAAACUACACGUUGCUACAGAUUGAAAGGCACAACAAAUAUAUUCCACACAACAUGGUGGACUUUGUUAUCAUACAGCACAAAAACAGAUUAUGUUUCUAACAUAAUCUUGUGAAAAACAAAUAUACGCAGGAAAUUGCUUCACAUUUCUAUACUAUUAAGUGUUCUUUUGCAAGUUCUCUAUAUGAAUUUGAUUAGUCUUUUUUCUUGUUUUGUAUUUCUCAUCUGUUAAUACACUUUAUUUACGUCUGUAUGCAAUAUAAAGUUCUGUGCCCUAGAUGUUCAUGAUGAAACAGAAAAUUUAAUGGACCCUUUUCACAUUUCCGGUGUUCUCAGAAGCGAAAGCCGUCAUAGUCGGUUAAACUUAAGAAACGACUAAAGACAAGAUCGUUUAAGGAUGCAUAUUGAGAAAUGCAGCCAGAAGCGAGAAUGAUGUCAGAUUUGUCUGCACCCUCUCCUCCAUUUGAACACCCUCACUGCAGUCUUCGUUUUGUGUUACUUAAUGCCAAGUGAAUAGGCUAUAACACAACGCAUAGCAUAAUAAAUGUGACUAUUUUAAUGAAAAUAUGAAAAACUACUAUUAGAUUUGUGAUGUUAAAAUCUGUGCAAACACAUCAUCAUCAAAGUCUGUUAAAAAGUUGUUUUUUGUUGUUUCUUCUAGUGACAGUUUUAUUGUAAUACUUACCAGAUUCCACUAGAUGGCAGACUUGUAAUACUAACUUGACAUUAACCACUAGAUUCUCUAUCUGACUUAUAUUUUAGAGCUAAACACAGUGCCUAAACCAUUUCUGUUUGAGUUGCCAAACCUUGUCAGUAUAUUAUUGUUUGAUAGACCCGUCCAGUAUUGAAGCAAUUCAACCACAUAUUGUAGCUAUACAUUUUCAAUAAAAACAAGCAAUAGAACCAACAAGUUAAUCGAGGCUGAUUUGUUUCAUUAUGUUUUAUAAUAAGUUUCUAUUCUAAUAGGUGAAAAUAUGUGCUGCUAUUUAUGAAUAUUUUGAAUUAUUAUG